UUUCCAGUCUUCGCCAUGCCUGAUCCUGCAAAGUCCGCUCCUGCCCCGAAGAAAGGCUCCAAAAAAGCCAUCACAAAAGCUCAGAAGAAGGACGGCAAGAAGCGCAAGCGCAGCCGCAAGGAGAGCUACUCGGUGUACGUGUACAAGGUGCUGAAGCAGGUGCACCCGGACACGGGCAUCUCGUCCAAGGCCAUGGGCAUCAUGAACUCGUUCGUCAACGACAUCUUCGAGCGCAUCGCGGGCGAGGCGUCGCGCCUGGCGCACUACAACAAGCGCUCGACCAUCACGUCCCGCGAGAUCCAGACGGCUGUGCGCCUGCUGCUGCCCGGCGAGCUGGCCAAGCACGCCGUGUCCGAGGGCACCAAGGCCGUCACCAAGUACACCAGCGCCAAGUGAGGUGCAGGAGUCUGCCUCCGCUCUUC